AUGCCUGGCCGACCCGCCACACGAGGACGUGUCGUGUCAGACGAGAACGACUCGACGCGUAUCUUGACACGCGCCAAGGCGGCUGCCCUCAAGCCCGAAGACGCCAGUAUGCCCGUCAAGGGCGCUCUGCAACCGAAGAAGUCGGCCGUGAACGCAAACAAUGCCGGAACCCAACGGAGUCGCGCCGCACUCGGCGACGUCAGCAAUGUCGGCAAGGCAAACGUGACGGAGGGCAAGAAGGCGGCGAGCGGCAAGGUUGGCUUGGUCUCCAAGGCUGCCCACCCCACUGGCGUCCAGAAGACGCGCCCUGCGAGCCGCGCUGCCCUCACCACCAAGGCCACCAACGCGUCGGAGAACAAGAGAACCGGAUCUGGUGCCGGAGCCAUCGCUGGACCCAAGCGAAAGGUCGCGUCAUCAGCUGUCAGCAGGGACGAGAACAGCGUCGAGCCGGCGGAGCCCGCCCGAAAGAAGGCACACACUACCGCUGAGGGCAAGCGUGUUCGCGCUGAAGCAGUCGAGGCAAAGGCAAAGCCGGCACCGCCCAAGGUUGAGGAGCCCAAAGCCGCACCAGCUUCAGUCGAGAACGACGACGAGGAGCAGCCACUUGACCUGGACCAGGAAGAUCUUGAUGAUCCUCUGAUGGUUGCCGAAUAUGCCAAUGAGAUUUUCGAGUACCUCCGCGACCUCGAGGUCAAGUCGAUCCCCAACCCGCAAUACAUGUCGCACCAGGACGACCUGGAAUGGAGAACGCGUGGCAUCCUCGUCGAUUGGCUGAUAGAGGUUCACACCCGCUUCCACCUGCUCCCCGAGACACUCUUCCUCGCCGUCAAUAUCAUCGACCGAUUUCUGUCCGAAAAGGUUGUCGAGCUGGACAAGCUCCAGCUCGUCGGCAUCACGGCCAUGUUCAUCGCGUCAAAAUACGAAGAGGUCCUGUCGCCUCACGUCGAGAACUUCAAGCGCAUCACCGACGACGGCUUCAGCGAAGCCGAGAUCCUUGAAGCUGAGCGUUUUCUCCUCAGCACCCUCAACUACGACCUGAGCUACCCCAACCCCAUGAACUUCCUCCGCCGGGUAUCGAAGGCGGACAACUAUGACAUCCAGUCUCGGACCAUUGGCAAGUAUCUCAUGGAGAUUAGCCUCCUCGACCAUCGGUUCAUGGCCUACCGACCGAGCCACUGUGCGGCCGCUGCCAUGUACCUGGCCCGGCUGAUGCUGGACCGAGGCGAAUGGGACAAGACACUCGCACACUAUGCCGGCUAUGCCGAGGAAGAGAUUGAGCCUGUUGUCGAGCUCAUGGUCGACUAUCUUGCGCGCCCGGUUGUUCAUGAAGCCUUUUUCAAGAAGUACGCCAGCAAGAAGUUCCUUAAAGCUUCUAUUCUCGCCCGGCAGUGGGCCAAGAAGAACGCGGCGCUUUUCGGCAUCACGGAUACCGAACUGUCGCUGGAUCAAAUCUCAUGA